CGUUGGAACGGAUAAUUUCAACUUCCGCUUUAUAAUCUUUUCAUCUUUGAUGAUUAAAGGGGGUAUGGCUGCAGUUAACGAUUCCAAAGUGGAGAAACGCAAAGCAGGUUCUGUGCAAGAAAAAGAUUCCAAAGUAAAGAAACACAAAGCAGGUUCUGUGCAAGAAAAAGGCUUUUGUGGAGGAUAUCAUGGAGUUUCAGACAGCAACUGCGAACAUGAUGUCGGCCAGUCUGAAGCAGUUGUCAUCAGCGGUAUAGGCACUGAUGGACGAUCUCAAGCAGGUGCAGUUUACAUGUCUGGUUUUGGUGUUGGUAUGACCGGAACAAUUGCAGUAAGCGGUAUAGGGAUUGAUGGUGUAUCUCAAGGAUUUGCAGCAUACAUUGCUGGUUGUGGUGGCCACCUGAUGAGAAUUGCAGUCAGCGGCACCGGCAUCCCUGGUAGAAGUUCGUUUGUCAUAGAAGAAAGCAACGAUAGACUGGACUAAUUUUGCUAUUAGAUUGAAGACAAGGACCUGGUUGCUGUGCCACCAGUUGGAAGGAGAAAGAAAACCAUGAAGUUAUCAGAUAUUUAAACAUUACCUCAGCCUCAAUCAAACAGGAUUUCGUGAAAGCAUGGAUUUGGAAUGUAGUUAGUAUCUAUUAUUUCACGACGCCAUAUCUGAAUCACCGGUACAUAGUUAGUGCCAAUUGGUCGGUCUAUGUUCAACACUAAAUAUUAACGGACUGUCAAAGUCAAAACGUUAAGACUUGAAUAAACGAAAAUAACUUCUGAUAUCGUGUAAUGAAACACUAUAUGGUUUGCCGAUCAACAUCCAAAACUAUAAGCCCUCGCUCCUUCGGGACUUGGACAAUACCUUUGACUAUUGACCAUCGAACCAUUCUAUAAUUGUAUACUUUAAAUGUAUGUUAUGAGCAUGUUUUGAACAUAUUGUUAAUGCCGUAUGUGAGUUGUUUAUUGUGUUAUUUACUGUACAGUUACCAGAUUAGGUUUGUUAGAUCAUUGUGUAUAUAGUGUAAAGUAUUGACGAUUAGCGUAUCAAAAUUAAAUAUGUGAACACCAGAUCUUAAUUUCUACUCGUGAUUUCGUCACUGGCGAAAAUAUUGAAUUCGAUUGGAAAUUCACUCGGUUUAGGAUAAACAUUUAAAUGAAUCAAGGGUAUUUUUGUGUUUCAGGAUAAAUACAAACAAUAUAAUUUAUUUUGUCUCAGGAGAUAUAGUUUCAAUGUCCAUAAUCUAAAUUAAGGUUCUUUGCAUAAAUCAGAUAUUAAGUUAUAAAUACAUACAUAGUUUUUGUUUCACAUCGUAUAUACAUAACUAAGCAGGGUUCGAUUAUAUUUGACUAUAUUUUGUUCUGUUUAUACAUAAUUCCUUUGCUAUAAUAUUAUGUAACGUUUCAUUAGGUUUUAACAUUGUUUCGUUGUUAUACUGGAAAUAUUUUUCUUUAGGUAAACUUUUAUAGCUUCAGUUUGCAAGUAUCUCUGUCAGUAAUAGAAUAUCUUUUGACACAUUUUUAUAUCCUGUAUACAAGUAUACUUUGUUUAUACGUUUGUAUUCAUAAGCAGGCUUUCAAGUAUUUUUAUUGAAGUGUUAUGUUUAAUGUGUUUGAUAUGCACUUGUUUUAAGAAAAUUUGCUUUUUUCAUACUUGGGUAAUAUUGUUAACAAGAUGACUUUAUGGUCGGGUGUUCUAUUUGUCGGUUUUUACAUAAUAUAUAUAUAUGUUUGUUGUCUUUAUUAUGGACAUAAACUCAGGCCACUAUAAUUAAAGUAAGGCCACACCAAAUUGAAAAGUUGUUCAUCCGAUUUUUUUUUCUGAAAAAAAUUGAGGAAGCGAGCGAAAAAAAAUUUAAAUAGCAAAGAACGAAGAAAUAUAUUUGUCUUGUUUUGACUCGAUUAACUAAUGAAAACCUUAAAAUAGAAUGUACAACCCUUUUACAUUAGGUUAUGCCCCUUUUUAACAUUGACAUUUUUGUUGAAGUUUUAUAUAACGACCAAUAUAUCUGUUACUUUCAAAGCUAUUGACUAUUAAGUCCCUUUUACUGGCAAAGCUCUAAUUCAAAGUCAAGCACUGAGAAACGUCGAGCGUUAUGUGUUACGGACAACUCUUGUUCUAUCUUUAAACUUUCUUAAGGAUCAUGUAAAACCUUUGAUACCACCCCUCGGGUAAAUUAAUUUCAUUUGAAAAUUAUUCUGAACAGACUCGUGAAAUUCGUAUUAUAUAUAUAUAUAUAUCAGAAGUAGCUGAUUCUUUGUUUUUUUUGUUAAAAAGUGUGUCUAACAUACUUAUCUAGGUACUCCGAGAAAUGGAAACUACUUAUCAUUUAUAUUUUUGAAGCAUUGCUGUUAUUUUACAUUUUUUGCAUAAUGUAAAUUUCUUACCCCACCCACUUUCGUUAUACAAAAUGCUGAUCAUAUCAAACAGAAAACAGAAAAGAGACAUGCAUCAAUACUGUUUACCCUUACCAAAAUAAUGUAGAUUGAUGUUAUCAAAUAAAUUAGUACGCUUUUUUUCAUCCAAUUUUCAAUGAAAUAAGUCCGAUUUUUGUAGCAACUCAAUUUGGUAAAUCAUUCGAAGAAAAUGGCAUUGCAUUUCAGGGGAAAUAACCUAAAUGCAACUAAAUAUAAGUAUCAUGAUAUUAUAGACGAUGUGUGUAAGAAGUAUGUAUUUACUGUGAUUAAAGUCCAUUUUAGAACAAUGUGGGACUGGAAUUAUAAGCAUUUAAAUGAAUCAAGGGUAUUUUUGUGUUUCAGGAUAAAUACGAACAAUAUAAUUUAUUUAGUUCUUUCCUGUCUCAGGAGGUGUAGUUUCAAUGCCCAUAAUCUAAGUUAAGGUUCGUGGCAUAAAUCAGAUAUUAAGUUAUAAAAAACAUAUAUAAUUUUUGUUUCACUUUGUAUAUACAUAUAACUAAGCAGGGUUCAACUACAUUUGUCUAUAUUUUUUGUUUACACUGUUAUGUAACGUUUCAUUAGGUUUUGAAAAAAAAAUUCUUUGUUAUAUUGGAAAUAUAUUCCUUUAGGUAAAUUUUUAAAGCUUCAGUUUGCAAAUGUCUCUGCCAGUAAUAGAAUCUCUUUUGACACAUUUUAUAUCCUUUAUACAAAUAUACUUUGUUCAUACGUUUGUUUUCAGAAGCAGGCUUUCCGGAUUUUUUUCUGGAUUUUUUAUUGAAUAUUUAAUUUGUUUGAUAUGCACUUGUUAUAAGAAAAUUAGUUUAUUUUUCAUAAUUUGGGUAAUAUUGUUAAAAAGAUUACUUUAUAGUCGGGUGUUAUUUUAGUCAGUGUUGACAUAAUAUAUAUUUGUUUGAUUUAUUAUCACAUGUAUGUACAUAAACACAGGCCACUAUAGUUAAAGUAAGGUAGUAAAUAGAGAUUUUAAUUAAGGUAACUGUGUUAAAAAUUUAGAUGUAUUAGCAAGUUGAAAAAAAAAUAAACAGAGCUAUAUCGAGCCAUGUUCGAUUUCGUAGACAAUUUUAAUAUAAAUAUAUGUCUAAGAUAAAAAAAAAGAAACCCACAGGUCGUCCAACACGACAAAAAAAAAACUCUAGCGGACAGGAUGCUUCUGUAUUAUUUUCUGUAGAUGUAGCUUGCGAAUGACAUAUCCAAAUUUGAAAUAAAUGCUUUAAGA